AUGUCUGCACCUUUGACUGAUGACAAACGGGCUCAAUUACAGCCGGUCUGCCAGAAUUGUGGUACCUCUACCACUCCCUUGUGGCGCAGGGACGAGGCUGGUUCCGUUCUUUGCAACGCUUGCGGUUUGUUCCUCAAGCUGCACGGCAGACCUCGCCCGAUAAGCCUCAAGACCGAUGUCAUCAAAAGUCGCAAUCGAGUGAAGACUGGCCAGGGCCCCAAACGCAAGUCUACCGGUCCUGUCGACGCCAACGGUCUUCCGACCCAAUUAGAUGCCGGAUCUCCCCUUACUCAUGGCUACCGUCGUCCGUCGCGUAGUAAGAUGUCUCCGGGUCAUUCGGACCGAUCGAACUCUCCUCUGUCGCGAACCGAGACACCUGGCUUUUCGUCCAUGUCGCAUAACUCUAAUAUCGCGCCACAACACAUGUUCGAUAGUGUGACUCGAGGCGAUAUCAAUGUGAACUCGGGCCUUCCCUCUCUGCCCAUGCGUGCGCAAUCCCCGUCGGGCGUCGACCGUCAUUUGGAUCCUGCCCAAACAUACGAAAGUUUGCUGGCUCUGAACACGUCUCUCAAGACACGUGUUAGUGAGCUCGACCUGAUCAAUGAACUAUUCCGUGGUCGCGUUGCCGAGCUCGAACAGAGCGAUGCCAGUGCGCGUCGGGCGGAAAUGAUUGCGCGUGAUUCCGAAGCUCGCCUGCGCCGUUCCUUGGAAGACUCACAGCGUCGCGAAGAGGACUUGAAGCGACGCGUCGGCGACCUCGAGCGCCAGCUCACUUCUGGCGAUGGCGACAGCUCGGAACCUCAGGCAAAGCGAAUCCGACUGUCGGAUAUGGUAGAGCAAUCGCCCGAGCAAUCUCCGAAGAGUCCUUAG